AUAAGGAAGUGGCUGCGCUCCUGACAGCAGCAGACACUUGCGAGCAGCAGUGUGGGAAGGAUGGAAGUGAAAGGACUCUUGGUGUUGCUGUGCGCUGUGGUGGGCGGCCUGGCCCUCAGGCCUCGACGUUGUUACAGCCCUCCGCUGCUGUCCGGGGCUAUCACCGUGGCCACUCAGAACGAGCAGGUCUGGACCUAUUCCCGGUACAUGUAUGACGCGCUCGGCGAGCGGAUCCGUCUGCAUGAGUUUGGAAUCUACCAAAAUGAGACGUUCACCCUGGACGUCCUGCUGCUCUACAGAGAGUCGGUCAUGUUUGAGAUUGACAGAAAGGCAAAGACCUGCAAGAAAAGACCGCUGCAAGUGGACUUCCAGCCCCUGGCCAUCCCCAAAAACGCCUCUUUUCUCGGGCAAGCCAUUGUAGGAAGUUCGUCUGGACCAGGACAGGGACUGCUGGUGAACACCUGGAUGGGGCAAUUGCCUAACAACGCAGGAAGGUACCUCACAACUGUGACCGAGUUUGGAUGCAUUCCAGUCACCACUUCUGCCCAGACACCUCAAUUUGGGUGGAUGGUGCUGAGUUACAUCAACAAUGUCAUCGGGAUUAUCGACCCGAACGAGCUGAACCCUCCAGCCUUCUGCAUGGGAGAUUCGGUUCAGGUGGAGGAGGAGCCGGGGCAUUUCUUCAGCGCGUUUCUCAGGAACUAAGACAAGAUUAGAAGAAUGUCUGAUCGGCUCUUAAUCUUCAUUGUAUCCUUCCAACUCUUUUUUUCAGAUGUGCAUUUUGCACUCCACAGUGAUUUUUGCUAUUGCACCGAUGCCAGGGUUACACAAGCAAAUGUACUGUAACUGUCCCAAUGCAGCUGCCUUGAGGUGUCCUGUCAUGUCCACCGUGAUUCUUUUGCUCGAUGAUGUUGAAGCCAAAUUUCUUCCAAAAAUCUCAAGAGAUAUUGCACAACAACCGAUGAAAUGUCAACAGAGGAGGAAGUGGAAUGGAUUCAUCCAUCAUGUGAGGAAGAAUGCAGCCGUAACACCUGUCGAUACCUACACUGGGAAGUGUGCAAUAUUGGGAAAUCAAUAAACGGACAGUGAGGAUAGAAUCCGACAUUUUGAUUGUAGUUGCACUUGCUACUUUUGCAAGUUUAAUGAUUGAAGUGGAUUAUAAAGGCAUUCAUAUGGUUUUUGCUGCCUGUUUAAUUACAGAAAUGUCCAAAUAAAGUCAUGUUUACUCACUG